AUGCCCUGCUCUGUGGAUGCAGGCACUGGGCUGCCUCAAGAGAUGGUGCCUGAACCAGCACAUGAUGCAGGCAUUGAUGCUGAUGCUGCUCAUUUCCGCCCAGACUACAGCAAUGAGCAAGAUUUGACUGCAUCUGGUGGCAAUGAUGAUGCUCCCUUGGCAGGUGGCCCCAUCAGUGGAGAAUGCUCUGCAUCUAAUGGCAUUGAUAAUGCUCCCUUGCCAGCUGACCCUAUCCGGGGAGAUUGCUCUUCAUCCACUGGCAUUGCUGCUCCCUUGGCCGGUGGCCCCAUCGGGGAAAAUUUUUCUGCAUCCAUGGAGAGACAGCCUGCAGCUGCAGUGUUUACCGCAUGGGUAAACAGCGCAAGUCAACCACCAGCAGGCUUGUUUGAAGUCACGAAUGGCCAGGUAAAAGUUGGGGAAGGCAUGUUCAUGCCCCUCGACAAGUGGACAUUUAUAAUGAAGAACGUGUCCGAUGGCAAGUGUUGUUUGGAACUUGCGAAACAUUUUUGGGCACCCACUGAGGCUGCCACACGCAGCCUAACAGGCCAGGCUUGCCGCAGCAUGGUCACUAAGGUUAAGAAGCUUCCGGCGACACCAGAAAAGGUGGAAAUGGUGAAGAAUGGUUUGCCAUCCUUGCCACACCGUCCACCCAAAAUGCACGCUGCCCACCAUCCACCCAACACGCCCGCUGCCCACCAUCCACCCAACACGCCCGCUGCCCACCAUCCACCCAACACGCCCGCUGCCCAUCAUCCACCCAACAUGCCCGCAACCCACCAUCCACCCAGCAUGCUGCCCACUACAUUAAUCCACUAUAAUGAUGGAUGA